GCGUUGUGCGAGCGAACACUCUGCCGGAAAUAUUCACUGCCGUUUUUCCUUCCAAGCCAGUCGAGUCAGACAACGCUGGCGUUAUCCGAGAUGUAGCAGGAGCGAGGGUGGAUGCACAUGCACAUGCAUCUCCCCUAUUGAGUGACGCGGGGUUGGUACGACCUACCGUAGUUUGCGACCUCAUGCUGCCAGUCGUCCAAGCCUUCCGCGGUGCUGCCUUGCUGCCGUGUAGCACUGCUACCGCGUUACCGUGUUACCCUGUUACCGCGCCUGUUGGCAGCGCAAUGAUGGCCGCGUCGCGCAAGUUCGCGGUGCGACUAGCAGCGGCGCUCUUCCUGGUCCUCGCGCGCUACGGCUACGGCGCGUCGGCUCGACUAGACGCCGCUCAGACUCGAGUGCUGCAGGACUGUGAGGCAGCUUGGAGUCGAGAAGACAUCGUGCCUUUUGCUUGCUUGACUCUCAGUGUCGAGUGUGACCAAUCGGAGACCAACAUCAUAUCCUUAUCGUUCCCCUCCAUGUACCUCACAGGCCCCCUCCCACCCUCCAUUGGCACUCUCACUGCUCUCACCUCUCUGGACCUGUCAGGCAAUGGCUAUCUUCGAGGCCCAUUCCUUCCAAUUUCAGCCGCCUGUCUCGGCUGCAAGUCCUAGAUUUGUCCUCAAUAAGCUGAACGGGUCGCUGGAUGCGGUGAAAGCAAUGACCAGCCUGCGUGACUUAAAGCUGAAUGGUAACAACUUCAAGGCGAUUCUUCCUCCAUCAUUUUCAACCCUCACCGCUCUUACAUAUAUAGACCUGUCUUACAACAAGUUCAUCACGGGACACGCAUCGCAACUUCUACAUCUCACUCAUGUGAAAGUUCUGUAAGACUCACCCACAAAGCCAUACUUUCCUACAUGCUUGCAUACUCAUGAUGCACAUACCUUGUACACACAAGGCUUUGCUUUCACCACCCCCCAU